AUGGCCAUGAGCUUUAGCUGGGCUUGGUUGCUAACCUGUGCCCUCUUCAUAGCCACCACUGCCAGUGGAUUUACCCAGAAAGGACUCAGGCAGAUGUUGCUGGAGAAACUCGGGCUUCCUGAUGUUCCCGUAUUUCAGAGGACAGACCUGGAGAAUUUGGUCAUUCCACAGAAUAUAAGGAAUAAAUACAUUUCCAUCCUGAAGCAUCGCCGAGUGAAGCGGAGGACAUUGCCAAGUCUAGCUGGGAUCCUGAGAGGAAUUCCUGGCAAUGCAGAUAUUUCAGGAGACAUCCUCUAUUCAGACACUACCCGUCAGAAUCUGAUCUUUGACAUGGAAGGUAGGAUUCCAGAAAACAGUGAAGUCACCAUGGCUGAGCUGAAGCUUUUCAAGAAACCCCUGGAGAGGAAACACCUACCCAGCAGACCGUCACAGAGGCCAGUCCUGAAUGCCCGAGUGAGUGUGUACCUGGUACAGCAUCAGGAAAACGGCACCAACCGGACCUCUUUGAUUGAUUCUAGGUUAGUUCCAAUUAUGGAGUCUGGCUGGAAGAAUUUCGAUGUUACACAGGCUGUGCAUUUUUGGCUAAAAGCAAAGAAGCCAGGACCAAUACUCUUGGAGAUCUGGAUUGAAGGAGAAAGGCUAGGCAACUAUGCCUCGGAAAUGGCCAAAAGCGUGCGCUUUACAUCUCAGGACCCUUCAGAUAAGGCACUAGGCAAACCUGAGUUGGUGCUUUAUACUCUUAACCUGGAAGAAUAUGGAGGACCUGGAGACUGCAAAGAAGGACUCUCAACUGAGAAAGCCAUCUGCUGCCGACAGGAACAUUACAUCAAUUUCCGAGAGCUGACCUGGACUCAGUACUGGAUCAUUGAGCCAGCCGGCUACCAGGCUUACCGCUGUGUGGGUGGCUGCCGGCAGCCCAAGAACUUGCCACACCACUUUGGCUAUGGAGAGAGAACUUGUGCCGUGGUGGAGAGUUCCCCACUGCCCAUGAUGUACCUUGUCAAGAAGGGAAACUACACAGAAAUUGAGGUGGCAGAGUUCCCUAAUAUGAUUGUUGAAAAAUGCGGCUGUGUGAUGGACAAUAUAGCAGUGGUCUAA